GGGAUCGGCACCGGGACCCGACACCGGGAUUGGCACCGGGACUGGCACCGAGACUGACAUUGGCAUCGGCACCAGGAUCGGGAUCGGGAUCGGCACCGGGACCGACACCGGGACCCGACACCGGGAUCAGCACCGGGACCCGACACCGGGAUCGGCACCAGGAUCGGGAUCGGGAGCGGCACCAGGAGCGGCACCGGGACCGGCACUGGGACCCGACACCGGGAUCGGCACCGAGACCGACACUGGCAUCGGCACCGGGAUCGGUAUCGGGAUCGGCACUGGGAGCGACACCGGCAGUGGCCGCACCAUGGGCGGGUGGCGGGAUAUGUCCGCGGAGGCGCUGGAGGACCAUUACUCGCCCAGCCGCUGGUCCCCCCGCCUGGACCGGGACACCAUCAUCGACGCGCACCUGGCGGUGACGGCGGCAGGAACCGAACGGGCCCGGGCCAGCGCGCAGACCUUGCUGCACGUCCCCUACGGCAGCGGGGACAGGGAGAAGCUGGACAUCUAUUUUCCCACGGACCCUUCUGAAACCUUCCCGGCUCUGGUCUACAUCCACGGCGGAUACUGGCAGUGCAUGAGUAAGGACGAUUCGGGGUUUGCAGCCCCCCCGCUGGUGUCGCAGGGGGUGGCAGUGGUGGCCGUGGGUUACGACAUAGCCCCUGAAGGUAGGUGCUGCCCUGCAGAGGCUGCAGCUGCCUGUACGGCCCCGCGCCCUCCAGCCCUGCCCUUUGUCCUCUGCUCAGGCCACAUGGACACCAUGGUGCUGCAGGUGCGCCGCAGCCUCGCCUUCCUGGCGGAGCAGUACCCCAGGAUCAGAGGCAUUUACUUGUGUGGACACUCGGCCGGGGCCCACCUGGCAGCCAUGGUGCUGUCCACAGACUGGACGGAAUUCCAAGUGGUGCCAGAUAUCAAAGGAGCAGUGCUGGUGAGCGGCGUGUACGACCUGGAGCCCAUCCUGCACACCUACGUGAAUGAUGCCCUGAACAUGAGCCGGGAGGUGGCCCAGAGGAACAGCCCCAUGAGACAUGUCCCCCCAGCAGUGCCAGCAGCCUGUGAGGUGCUCGUGGCUGUGGCCCAGCAUGACUCCCCAGAGUUUCGCAGGCAAUCACAGGAGUACAGCCAGGCCCUGCGUGCAGCAGGCUGGUCUGUCUCCCUGCUGGAUCUGGCUGGUGUGGAUCACUUUGAUGUCAUUGAGAAGCUGUCGGAGGACAGCUACCUCCUCACUCAGGUCGGUAGCAGGGCUGUGCCAAGGCAGAUCACCUGCCAGGAGGUGCAGGGUCAAGGGCUUUUCACAGGUUGUUCCUCAUCCCAGGUGAUCCUGAACAUGAUUUCAAGAGCAUGACAGCAUGUCAGGAGUAAAGAGAUGGGGACCGUGGCCCUGUGUGGUGGCAUCCCCCUGCCUCCUCUGUCUAACACUGUCUCAGACCCCACUGUGCCCUCUCUGCUCAGCCCAGCCCAGGCUGGUGCCCCUUCUCUGGGUGCUCCUGCCCUGCUGGAGUGCAGGGGACUGAGAGCUGCAAGGCUCUGUCUGGGCAGCUGGAUCAUGACAUUUGUUUCCUCAGUGUCCUUUAAACUGCACAUUGGCAAUACAAAAUAAAAUGGGAAUUACUGCU